UCUAUACAUAUAUGCCCCUGAAUCAUUUUGCUCUAUCUUUUUUCUCUCUCUUUUUAGACUCUAUUCAGCUGCAACCUCUACAGAUAACUUCUCAUGCAAAUUAUUUCCCAAACAUCACUUGUGCUUUGACCAAAUCGGUGAUCAUGAAGAUCUUUUAAGGUGAAUUUCACUGUGUUGACUCAGGCCAAAAGGUUCUUUUUCUGGGAGGCGUUGCCGAAAGUUGGAAUACAUGGGAUUCAGAAAGUGAUGAUUUUUAUGUUAAAGAAUUGACCCAGAUUUGAAUCUAAAGAUGGGCUGCGAGUGUUCAAAACUCACCUCAUGUUGUUUUAUGUCGGAGCAAAAUGGACCAGUUCACGAGGCACACAAAGCUGAAAAUGAGGAAAGAGGUGAAGUUAGUGAUUUGCUUACAUUUCGUGAAUACUCCAUUGAACAACUGAGGGUAGCUACAUCUGGGUUUGCAGUAGAGAACAUUGUUUCAGAGCAUGGGGAGAAAGCCCCUAAUGUUGUUUAUAAGGGAAAGCUGGAGAAUCAGAUGCGGGUUGCUGUCAAACGAUUUAACAGGUCGGCUUGGCCCGAUUCCCGGCAGUUCUUAGAUGAAGCACGAGCUGUUGGCCAACUUCGGAGUCACAAUUUGGCAAAUUUGAUUGGCUGCUGCUGUGAAGGAGACGAGAGGUUGCUUAUUGCAGAAUUCAUGCUCAACAAGACACUUGCAAAACAUCUAUUUCACUGGGAGACACAACCUAUGAAGUGGGCAAUGCGGUUAAGGGUGGCUUUAUAUAUUGCACAAGCCCUGGAAUAUUGUACAAGCAAAGGACGUGCACUUUAUCAUGAUCUUAAUGCUUACAGAAUAGUCUUUGAUGAUGAUGGUAAUCCCAGAUUGUCAUGCUUUGGUUUGAUGAAAAACAGUAGAGACGGCAAAAGCUACAGCACUAACUUGGCAUUUACUCCACCGGAGUACCUAAGGACUGGAAGAGUUAGUCCAGAAAGUGUGACGUACAGCUUUGGCACUCUUCUGCUUGACCUUCUCAGUGGAAAACACAUUCCUCCAAGCCACGCCCUUGAUUUGAUAAAGGAUCGGAACCUUCAGAUGCUAACUGAUUCUUGCUUGGAAGGUCAAUUUUCGAAUGAUGAUGGAACUGAGUUAGUACGUCUAGCGUCAAGGUGUUUGCAAUAUGAACCUCGUGAGAGACCAAAUCCAAAAUCAUUAGUUGCUGCUUUAAUUCCUCUUCAGAAGGAAAAUGAGGUUCCUUCCCAUGUAUUGAUGGGCAUUCCUCAUGGUAGUGAGGUUAUGUCUCUAUCUGCACUUGGUGAAGCAUGCUUUAGGAUGGAUUUGACUGCCAUGCAUGAGAUUUUAGAAAAACUUGGGUACAAAGAUGACGAGGGAGCGGCAACAGAGCUUUCAUUCCAGAUGUGGACAAAUCAAAUGCAGGAAACUUUGAACUCCAAGAAAAAGGGUGACGUAGCUUUCCGGCAUAAAGAAUUUGGGGGUGCGAUUGAUUGUUACACGCGGUUUAUUGACGUUGGUACAAUGGUCUCCCCAACUGUUUUUGCACGCCGUAGUUUGUCGUACCUCAUGAGCGAUAAUGCGCAAGAAGCUCUCAAUGAUGCAGUGCAAGCACAAGUCAUUUCUCCUGUUUGGCAUAUAGCGUCUUACUUGCAAGCUGCGUCUCUUUUUGCCUUAGGGAAGGAGAACGAGGCGCAAAUUGCGCUUAGAGAGGGUGCGAUACUUGAAGAAAAGAGGACUGCAGCUUCUUGAUAUUGAAGAACUUCGUUUGGCUACUGCUGGAUACAGCCAUAAAGCACAAGCUUUUCUUGGUUGAUUAAUGACUCCGAAACUCUAUGAGGAGCGACGUACAUACAUUCUGUUGUCCUCGGAAUGAUGCGUAAUAGUUUUGUUUUCUUGAAGGAUUCUUUUUGCAGCAUAAGUUGGGGGAGGACAGUGACACCUUUUUCAAUAGCACAAUCCAAGGAAUACUUUGAGAGGCAUUGGAAGGGGUUUAUAUAUUGAUAAAGGAUUGAGUUUCAAAGUGGAUGAAGAGAUUUGAUAUUGUAAUUUAUGUACAGUGAUGUUAUGUGGCUUGCUCCCAACAUCUGUGAUUGGCUGUCUCUGUCAUUUCUAUUUUGUGGGUUAGGAAGUUGUUUAGAAUUGGUUCGAGUCUCUGAAAUUCAUUAUUUUAUAUUGGAUUAAGCUUGAGCAUUUUGAGAA